AUGGGCGUAAGCCGGGAGCAGAUUGAGCGCCCCAGGGGCCAAGUAGACCUCCUCAUCGGGUUUGAAUAUGCAGGGUACCACCCAAUAAGACUACAAGCUGUAGACCACUUGCUUGUCCUGGAGAAUAGAUUCGGUAGAUGUUUGGGAGGCACUCAUCCAGCCAUUACUGAGAGAACCAGACGAAUCCUUGCCGCUACAGCAAUGAUCCACUAUGUGUCCACUUGCAGCCUAGACCAAUUCAUGACGUUGGAGAGCAUGGGAGUGGAGUGUAACCCAAGAUGUGGGAACUGUAGAUGUGGUAAAUGUCCCAUCGGGUCCAAAGACUACACUUUGAAGGAAGAGCGUGAACUUGCACUAAUUGAUCAGAAUCUCGUCUUUCAAGGAUCUCAUUGGGAAGCAGCUUAUCCCUGGAUUAAGGAUCCUGCUAAUCUACCAGACAACAGACACGUUGCAUUUGCCACGCUGAGAGCCCUAGAGCGACGGCUGGAGCGUGACCCCACCAAGGCGCAAGUGUACGACGCACAGAUGAAAGACAUGAUAGAUCGAGGCGUCGCCCGAGCAAUCCCCAAGGAAGAAAUGGCUUCGUAUAAGGGACCGAUCCACUACAUAGCCCAUCACGAAGUCCUGAAGCCAGACAGCAAGAGCACCCCAGUCAGGAUUGUAUUCAAUAGCAGUGCCAACAACAAAGGACAUAUCCUCAACGACUACUGGGCUAAAGGUCCAGACAUGAUGAACUCUCUCCUGGGAGUACUCCUUCGAUUUCGAGAGAACGAGGUAGCUUUGGUUGGUGAUAUCCGCAAGAUGUAUCACAGCGUCUUUACCACAUUGAAGGACCAACACUGCCACAGAUUUCUCUGGAGAGGAAUGCGGACCGGCGAGGAUCCAAAGACAUACUGCAUGAAAGUUGUCAACAUGGGCGACCGGCCAUCAGCCACCAUCGCCACUGUGGCACUGAAGAAGACUGCUGAGCUUGGCAAAGACAAAUUCCCCGAAGCCGCAAGCACGAUCCAGCAGAAUGUUUACGUUGAUGAUAUCCUCGAGUCUGUGCCAACACUAAACAAAGCCCGGAUCCAUGCACAAGAGAUUGACCAACUGAUCAAGCCAGGAAAUUUCUUCCUAAACAAAUGGGUGUUCUCUGGAGGACUCGACAAAGAUGAUGAAGAAUGGCCUAGCAAGGAAAACAGUGAGAAGGUUCUUGGCAUUUCAUGGAACCCAAAGAGAGAUGUUUUCCACUUCAUCACACGGAUCAAUUUCGCACAAAAAAAAAAAAGAUGA